AUGUUGAGUUCCUGGAGUACUAGCUUGAACCUCGUCUUCUUGAGCGUGGCAUGGACAACCAUCGCAGCAAGCUACUCUCCUCUUCAGUUGGAGUUGUUUGCGCCCUUCGUCCUGCGCCUCUCCCUCUACAUCAUUCCCUCCCUCGUGUUCCUCUUGUUCGAUGUCGGACUGCCGAGCUUAUCCAUGGAAUUCAAGGCUCAGGGCAAAUUGGGAAUCCCGAGCAACCAAAGAGGUGGGAGCAAGAUGAUCAGAAGAGUGGUCUUGUGGAGCUGCGCGAACGUGCUGUUCACAGUUGCGAUUCAGGCCGGAAUAGAGUUCUUGGUUACGGAUGUGUUUAGAAUGAGGAGUCUACUUCUUAUCAAAGGCAGUAAAUGGGGACUCAACCAUCUCCCUAAUCCGUGGACCAUGUUCAAGCAUGCCAUCAUUGGGCUGCUAUCACGAAACAUUCUCCAAUACUACAUACACACGCACCUGCUGCAUUCCCCCAGCGGCGGCCGUCUCGCCCAAUUGCAUCAAUCAUGGCACCACAGCAUCCGCAUUCCCUUCUCCUUCGCCGCAAACUAUGAUCACCCGCUUCCCCACCUACUCCACCGCGUCCUACCACUCUACCUACCCGCCAUCUUACUACGAAUGCACAUCCUCACGUACCUAAUCCUGGUCGCAAUCUUCAGCCUCGAAGAGACCUUUGUGUACUCUGGCUACAACGUCCUGCCAUCGACCAUCAUGUUGAGAGGCAUGGCGCGACGAUGCGACGCGCAUAUGAUGAGUCAAGGUGAGGGUAAUUUUGGGUGCCUGGGUGUGCUGGACUGGUGUCAUGGGACGACGUUGGGGAAAGACGUGGUAGAGGAUUUGAAAGCGGAAAUGGACAAACACCAUGUUGAGGAGAAGGCAGGGAAGGCUAUCGAUGGGGCGGGGGAUGCAGCGAAUGGGCUGGCGGGGAAACUCAAGGGGCGCAUGAGGCAAGGAAGGGGAAAGAAAUAG